AUGCGGCUGCAGCAUUCUGUCUUUAGGACUUAUGUGAAUUUGCUGCACUUGGUGAGAGACGAAAGAGACAAGGCCACGAGGCCGUCUGCUGCUGCUGCAGCAGCGAAGCAGCAGCAGCAGGACCAGCAGCAGCAGCCGAUCGAAGAGGAGACUGUUAACUUCUCGCCCGAGCUCGAGAGACAAAUUGUCGCGCUCUCUCAAGACCCAGACAUUUACAACAAGUUGGUGACUUCUUUCGCGCCUUCCAUUGUGGGGCGCGAUGAUGUGAAGAAAGGCAUUUUGUGUCAGCUGGUGGGGGGCUCUCGGCUGCUGCUGCAGCAGCAGCAGCAGCAGCAGCAGCACACGCGGCAGCAGCGGAAGCAAAGGCCCUACAGAAGCGACCUCCACGUGCUGCUCUGCGGAGACCCAGCCACGGCGAAGUCGCAGCUGCUGCAAUACGUGCACCAGAUUGCGCCCAGGUAG